AAGAGUCCGGUGUUGUGACGUCAGCAGUAACAGUGAUGGCGCUGGUCUCAUGCUGCAAGUGUUCAGUUUUACGAUGAGUUAAAGAUGAUUUUUCAUCGUUUACGGCAUUUAAUCGUUAAAAAACCGUCUGGAAAGGAAAAGUGACACAACGAGAUAAGGUGUGACCGUCAGAAAUCAUAAUGACGUCCAUCAUCAAACUGACGGCUCUGUCCGGCGUACAGGAGGAAUCUGCUCUGUGUUACCUGUUACAGGUGGACGAGUUUCGCUUCCUGCUGGACUGCGGCUGGGAUGAGAGUUUCUCCAUGGAUAUCAUAGAUUCCCUGAAGCGGCAUGUGCAUCAGGUGGACGCGGUGCUGCUCUCUCACCCUGAUCAUCUGCACCUGGGCGCUUUGCCGUACGCUGUGGGUAAACUGGGACUCAACUGCACCAUCUACGCCACAAUCCCUGUCUACAAGAUGGGCCAGAUGUUCAUGUACGAUCUCUAUCAGUCACGUCACAACACUGAAGAUUUUAGCCUCUUCACGCUAGAUGAUGUAGAUACAGCAUUUGACAAAAUCCAGCAGUUGAAAUACUCGCAGAUCAUCAACCUGAAAGGCAAAGGUCACGGUCUGUCCAUCACCCCGUUGCCUGCCGGUCACAUGAUCGGUGGAACUAUCUGGAAAAUCGUGAAAGAUGGAGAGGAGGAGAUUGUGUAUGCUGUGGAUUUCAAUCACAAGAGGGAGAUUCAUCUGAACGGUUGCUCGCUGGAGACGAUCAGCAGGCCGUCUCUCCUCAUCACCGACUCAUUCAACGCCGCAUACGUGCAGCCUCGCAGGAAACAGCGCGACGAGCAACUGCUCACUAAUGUCUUGGAGACGCUCCGCGGUGACGGGAACGUGUUGAUCGCUGUGGACACCGCAGGGAGAGUGCUGGAGCUGGCACAGCUCCUGGAUCAGAUCUGGAGGACCAAAGACGCAGGGUUGGGCGUCUACUCGCUCGCUCUGCUCAAUAACGUCAGCUACAAUGUGGUGGAGUUCUCAAAGUCUCAGGUGGAGUGGAUGAGCGACAAACUCAUGCGGUGCUUCGAGGACAAACGCAACAACCCCUUCCAGUUCCGUCACCUCUCCCUCUGUCACAGUCUGGCAGAUCUGUCCCGCGUGCCGAGCCCGAAGGUGGUUCUGUGCAGCCAGCCUGAUCUGGAGUCCGGUUUCUCACGAGAGCUCUUCAUUCAGUGGUGCCAGGACGCGAAAAACUCUGUGAUCCUCACGUACAGGACCACGCCGGGAACUCUGGGACGCUACCUCAUCGAUAACCCGGGAGAGAAGAGGAUUGAGCUGGAGAUAAGAAAACGCUGCAGACUGGAGGGUCGUGAACUGGAGGAGUACGCGGAGAAAGAAAAGAUGAAGAAAGAAGCUGCCAAGAAACUGGAGCAGGCGAAAGAGGAGGAUCUGGACUCGAGCGAUGAAAGCGAUAUGGAUGAUGACCUGGAACAGCCUGCCGUAGUGAAGACCAAACAUCACGAUCUGAUGAUGAAAGGAGAGGGUGGCAGGAAGGGCAGCUUCUUCAAACAGGCCAAAAAAUCCUACCCCAUGUUUCCCACACAUGAGGAGAGGAUUAAAUGGGACGAGUAUGGAGAAAUCAUCAGGCCGGAGGACUUUCUGGUUCCAGAACUUCAAGCCACUGAAGACGAGAAGAGCAAGCUGGAGUUUGGAUUGACCAAUGGAGACGAGCCGAUGGAGCAGGACCUGUCCGACGUUCCCACAAAAUGCAACAGCAUCACACAAACAUUAGACAUCAGAGCUCGAGUCACAUACAUCGACUACGAGGGCCGAUCUGACGGCGACUCCAUUAAGAAGAUUAUAAACCAGAUGAAGCCCAGACAGCUGAUCAUCGUUCACGGUCCACCCGAGGCCAGUCAGGAUCUGGCUGAGUCCUGCAAGGCCUUCAGCGGAAAAGACAUCAAAGUGUACACCCCCAAACUUCAAGAGACCGUGGACGCCACCAGCGAAACACACAUUUACCAGGUGAGGCUGAAGGACGCGCUGGUCAGCUCUCUGCAGUUCUGUAGAGCCAAAGACACAGAGCUGGCCUGGAUCGACGGCGUCCUGGACAUGCGUGUGGAGAAAGUGGACACGGGGGUUAUCGCGGAGGUCGGGGAUGUGAAGGAUGAAGGGGAGGACGGCGAUCCGGCCAUGGAGGUGACUACGACUUCAGAGCUGACGACUGAACCCAGCAGCGUGGCUAACCAGCGCGCCAUGAAGACUUUGUUUGGAGAAGACGAGCGAGAGAUCUCGGAGGAGAGUGAUGUCAUACCCACGCUGGAACCACUGCCUGUUCAGGAAGUGUCGGGUCAUCAGUCUGUGUUCAUCAAUGAACCACGGCUGUCGGACUUUAAACAGGUUCUUCUGCGUGAAGGGAUCCAGGCGGAGUUUGUGGGAGGAGUUCUGGUGUGUAAUAAUCUGGUGGCCGUGAGGAGAACGGAGGCUGGUCGAAUCUGUCUAGAGGGCUGUCACUGUGACGAUUAUUACAGGAUCCGUCAGCUGUUGUAUCAGCAGUACGCCGUCAUCUAGUUCCUCUCGUUCUCAUCAAGACUCCAGUUUUUCAAUUAUUUCAAUUUGUAGCUUUAUAGAUUGUGUAUAUUUAAUUGUUUUCCCAAGCGAUGAGGCCUGUAGAUUUUGUUCAGAGCUGCUCAACGCCAGGAAAUUGAUUUUUCACACUUUCGUUGGUGCACUGAUAAAUUUCUGUUUUCAUA